AUUAUUUCCAUGUCCUUUGAUCAUCCUUAUGAAGAUAAUAGUUCUUACCAUGCAGAGACAGCAGGGAGUACUAGCCGGAUUAGACCGAAGAUAGAGAUUAAUCGAUUUCUCUCUGUCAAAAGUAGGAAACCCAAGAUCAUAUCCUCAGACGCUCACAUAAGCAUGUCACAAAGCAAGCGCAAAUUCAUCAAAGGAGUCCGGCGCGCCAGCCUAAUAAAUCGGAUCGGGAAAUCCUUUGAAAAAUCUACACUUGCCAAAAGCUACAAUCCUCCCUUCGUGCCUGGGAUAAAGUCACAUUUAAGUUAUUGAGACACAGAGAUUAGGAAAUAAAAUUUUUAAGAUGAAUAAGAGGUAUAAGUACAGGAGGAAUAGAAGGGAAAGAGUGGUGAAGUCAUUGUCGCAGAUAGAGAGGAAAGAUAGUGAAGUGCUUGGAGUUAUGAACAUUCCGGCCUGAAGUAGUGCGGAAAAGAGUGGGAAAGGCAAGUCCUCUAGACUGGUGAAUAUUAAAUAAUGCUGAAAAGGUUAGGCAUCUAAAGAAAGUAGAAUUCUGUGCUUUGAUGAAAAAUAAGUACAAACAAAUCCAAAACUCUGACUCAACUAUUAUCAGUAAUGUCCCAAAACACGCUCAGGGCAUUGAUAUGCUUGGCUCCUUCAUUAAAGCAAAAGAGUGUUCUUUUCUUCGAAGGAUCAACACUGAGAUUUCAAAGAAGAUCAAGAACGAAUGGUCAACUCGGAGCUUGAUCAACUAUAUCUCACAGACUGAGCGGGAGAAGAAGGAGAAGAGGAGAAAGAUUGAGGCUAUAAUGAGGAACAAGAAUCUUCAACAGAUGCAAGAUUCCAUAAAGUCUCCUUUGAUUGGCUCUGAAAAAUGAGAGACCAAAUCCUAUCAUAAAGAAUCACAUUAA